AUGCAUCAGGUGGGACCCAAAACCCACGUGGUGUUUAGCACCGGGGACCGGGACAUCCCGAGAGUCGGGGACCAGGGCACCCCCACGUUCAGGGACCGGGGCAUCCUCAGGGUUGGGGACCGGGACAUCCCCACGUUCAGGGAUGUUCAGGACACCCCCAGGACCAGGGACCAGGACAUCCCCAGGUUUGGGGUCCAGGACAUCCCCAGGUUUGGGUCCAGGACAUCCCCAGGCUGGUGCCGCACCCGGAGCAUCCCGGGGCUGGAAGCGGGUGUUGGGAGCAGGGCUGAGGCUGGUGCCGCACCCGGAGCAUCCCGGGGCUGGAAUUCCAGCGGUUCCUCAGCUCAGCUCCUGGCAGUUGGGAUUCUGCCUCUCGGUACCAAAGUUAAAAACAGCCGCGCUCAAUUCAGCGCUUUUCACCUCGCUGGGGAGGCCGGGAAGAGCCUCCUGUCCUCCCUGCUCUUCCCCUCGGUUAUCCCGGAUUCCCGAGGCGGGGAAUCGCAGCUCUGCCUCGUGCCGGAGCCGCUCCAGGCUCCGUGUCCCUCUGUCCCCUCCAGGCACGGCGGGACCAAGGCCGAGGACACCUCCAAGGCGUCCCCGUUCCACCUGGACCUGUGGUUCUACUUCACCCUGCAGAACUGGGUGCUGGAUUUCGGGCGCCCCAUCGCCAUGAUCAUCUUCCCUCUGGAAUGGUUUCCUCUGAACAAACCCAGCGCUGGAGAUUAUUUCCACAUGGCUUACAACGUUAUCACCCCCUUCCUGCUGCUGAAGCUGAUCGAGCGCUCCCCCCGGACUCUCCCUCGCUCCAUGGUCCACGUCAGCAUCAUCACCUUCGUGAUGGGCGCCAGCAUCCACCUGGUGGGGGACUCUGUCAACCACCGGCUGAUCUUCAGCGGGUACCAGCACCACCUGUCCGUGCGCGAGAACCCCGUCAUCCGCAACCUGCGCCCGCAGACCCUGAUCGACUCCUUCGAGCUGCUCUACUACUACGAUGAGUACCUGGGGCACUCCAUGUGGUACAUCCCGUUUUUCCUGAUCCUGUUCAUUUACUUCACCGGCUGCUUCACGCCGGCGGCGCGGCGGGGCCGGAUGCCCCUGGCUGCCCUGCUCCUGGUGGGGCCCAGCAGCCUCUACUACUGGUACCUGGUGACGGAGGGGCAGAUCUUCAUCCUCUACAUCUUCACCUUCUUCGCCAUGAUGGCGCUGGUGAUGCACCAGCGGCGCAAGGGGCUGGUGCUGGACAGCAACGGGCUCUUCCUCUUCCUCUCCUUCAUCAUCACCCUGCUCCUCAUCGCCGCCUGGGUGGGCUGGCUCUGGAACGACAAAAUCCUGCGGAAGAAAUACCCCGGGGUGAUUUACAUCCCCGAGCCCUGGGCCUUCUACACCCUGCACAUGAACAACCUGCACCAGGGCGCCUCCUGAGCCCGGCUGGCGUUCCCUGGGGGAUGGGAAAGGGGGGAAAAAAGAGAUUUAGGGGUUUUUUAAUGUAGAUCUGUGCGUUUCCAAUAAAUCCCUGAGAGGAG